CCACAGUUCUUUUUCCCGUAAUCGUUGGUGAUUCGCUUAUUACGGGGAACAAUUCCCGUGUCCUUUAGGUUAAGAAAUCAUACUUUGGGAAAUUUCCCGUGACUGCUUAUGGGCGGGAGAAAUGCCGCACUCGAGUACAUUUUGGGCCCCCAAAAAAUUUUGAGUACCCCGCCCUCCAAAAUUCCGCCCAUCCUUUUCUUUUAUUUCAGAAACACAAAAUCUUACUUUACCAAAAUAAAAUCUAGCUAGUAAAGGGUCGCUGCAAAAAAAACCCUAAACAAAGAAGAAUGCUAUUUCAAUAACCUCUGCCCCAAACAGAAACAACCUCUCCACCGCGUUCGACCAUCUCCCACCGCCUCUUCCGACCGAUUCCAGUUCCCUCAGUCCUAGCAAAUCCUUCCCCUGCGUACUCUUCUGUCUCGCAUGUCCCUCUAUGGCAUCCGCCAUCAGCAAAAUUGAUAGGACAUCCCCGACAUUGCGCAAGGACUACAACAUUCAGAUCUCUCUAUGACUGCCAUCGCAUGCCUUUGUCUUCCAUCCUCAUACAUGAUAUGGUCGAGUUGAACGGGAGUGAAUCAGCCUUGGACUCCAGGGGUCCGAUUCAACUGUAGAUCUGGACCUUUCCCCUGUUUGGCCGGUGACUUCCUUGACUCCAAGCUCCUCCGCACUUUCCUACACCUGGUAUUCAGCAAGGGAGAACGAUCCAUCCAGCCGCCUCUCUCACACAUCCCACCAUUGAGCAACCGAGGAGAUUGGGAGCCCAAUUUCGGACAUCAAAUUCCCCUUCCAAGGCCUCUUCAAAUCGCCAAACAAUAGGUUAAGUUCUGGUCAGGUUUGUUGUUCACUUAUAUUCCUCUCUCUACAGAUUGGGAUGGGGUGAGAUCGAUUUCCUUCAUCAAUUUUCCCUUUGGGGUUGAAAUUUUGAAGUACUAAUGUGCUUCUAGGGUUCUGGCGCAAGUGCAAAACCCUUUAAAGCAUCAUAUUGUUCUGCCUUUUCUUUUAACGGUAAACUCGAUCUCGUAAUUCAUUAUUGAACCACUUAUCUUAUUGAUUGUAUGACAUCGAACAAUACAUGUAAUGCUUCUCUUUAACUCUAGACUCCAAAGUUAUCCUAUAUACUCUGGUUUAUUGUUAACUAUUGAAUGGCAUUACUUAAUGUCUGUUAGUCUCGGUAGGAGAAUAAAUAAGGCAGGCAAAUGGGGACAAGAGAUAAAGCAGCAGCAUGUCAAAGGUGAGCUAUUUCCAAUUCACGGAGCCUGUGUGGAUGCUCAUCUCCACUACAUCCUAAGCGUGCAAGUAAUUUCAGCAUGGAUGGAUGAAAGGAAGAUUUGGCUAGUGAAGAAAGUACUUCAAUUUAUAGUUUAUUAGUAGAACUCAAAGUAUUGCAUCACUUUAAGUCUUAUGUUUUAGACUUCGACACUCUGGAGUAGUUUGUAAAAACUCUCAUCAGUUUCUUUUGUCCUUAAACCUUAGUUGGUUUUGUGGAGAGAAUACCACUACAAUGACGUAUCUUCCUUGUAAUUAAUGUAUACAAUAAUUAUCGAUUAAUAUAAAUUUUAAUUGUUUUUUA